AUGUCUUUAUCAAAUAGUUUAAAAUUAUCUUGUUUUCCAUAUUCCAUUUCACGUGUAGCAAAUCGUGUUGUUCAUCAUCUAUUUCGUCGAAAUAAACGUCGUUCUAUGCGAGUCAAUAAAAAACAUGAUCUAUUAACGAAUAACAUGGAUUCAUAUCAUUACUCGCCAUCAGAUAAUGAACUGCAACAACUUCUCUAUAUUUAA